ACCCGAUCGAAGUAAACAACCUUGACAGUUGCGAAAAAUUUCAUGCCCUCCUUUCCUGGGCACAAGGGCCUGACAGGAGAAUUUCCAAAAUACGUCCUAAAAUUAACCAAUAAUAGCUCGCAGCCUGUGCAGUGAAAUCCAGCCUGAAGCACCAGCAUGGACAUACAGUACGUCUACCAGAAGGAGCGCCGCGAGUUUGGCAAGCAGUGCCUGUUCUCCGACAAGAACAAGGUGGAAUUCUCCGAACCCGCCAACCAUGACCUGUUCCGCGAGUACAUUCUGCGCGAUCCCGUCUCGGUCGGCACGCAGUACAGCCGGCAGAUGGCGAUCAGCGAAGCGAACACGGAGAGUGCGGAGUACGAGCAUCACGGUAUCCUGCACUCGGAGGGCGGUUGGCCGAAAGACGUCAACUAUCUCGAUCCGGAGCAAACCGUGCGCUACCGGCGCAAGGUGGAGAAGGAUGAAAACUACAUCAGCCAGCUGAUGGCACUGACCAAGCCGAUGGAGCACUGCAUCUUCCAGAACAAUGCGGUCAACAUCUACGAGAAGUACUUUGACGAUCUCGAGCCGGCACCGCUGAUCGAGCGGAGCAGCUCGCGCACGCUGAACGUGUACCGCGAUCCGAGCAUUUACAAGCAGCCGGUAACGCAUCUGUCCUGGUCGCCGGACGGUGGCACCAAGAUUGCCGUGUCGCACUGCAACAUGAACUUUGGCGAGGUGCUCGGCAAGUCGGUCUGCUCGUACAUAUGGGAGGUGGAAAAUCCGAACGCUCCGCUGCUGCGGUUCAAGCCGACCAGCUCCAUGAUCUGCCUGGAGUACAAUCAGAAGGACCCCACGACGCUGGUGUGCGGUAUGUACAAUGGGCAGGUGGCUGCCUGGGAUACGCGCAACGAGCAGGAACCGGUCAUGAUCAGCGAGCGGGAACAUUCGCACCGCGCUCCGGUCAAUUCAGCGCUGUGGAUUAACUCCAAAAGCGGCACGGAGUUCUUUUCCGGCUCGUCCGACAGUCAGGUGAUGUGGUGGGAUACGCGGAAGCUGUCGCAACCGAUCGACAAGCUGCUGAUGGAUCCGAUCAAGGCGGACGAGCAGGACCUGUCCCGGUCGUACGGUGUUAGCUGCCUGGAGUACGAAACAUCGAUUCCCACGCGCUUCAUGUGCGGCACGGAACAGGGCAUGCUGUUUUCGUGCAAUCGGAAGGGAAAAUCGCCGCAGGAGAAAAUCGUUUUCAGGAUGCAAUGCCACACGGGACCAAUCUACGCGCUGACGCGCAAUCCCGCCUUCGUGAAGAACUUCCUCACCAUCGGGGAUUGGAUCGCACGCAUCUGGUCGGAGGACUGCCGGGAGAGCUCGAUCGUUUGGACCAAAAACCACGACGUAAUGCUGACGGACGGAGCCUGGAGUCCGACGCGCUAUUCGCUGUUCUUCGUGAGCCGCGUCGACGGUGUGCUGGACGCUUGGGAUCUACUUCAGCAGCACAGCGAACCGACGCUCAGCAUCAAGGUGUGCGACGAGAGCCUCAAGUGCCUGAGAGCCCACGAGUCGGGCCGGCUGGUCGGUACGGGCAGUGUGAAGGGAGCCACGUUUUUGAUCGAAAUGUCGGAAAAUAUGACGUCGAUCAGGAAUGACAAGCCACUGCUGACGGCGAUGCUUGAGCGGGAGAAUCGCCGCGAAAAGAUUCUGGAGGCGAAAUCGCGUGAGAUGAAGCUGAAGGUGCGCACCCUAAACAGGCAGGACGAGCAUACGGAGGAUAAGCCGAAGCUAUUCCAGUGUCGAUCUGCUUGUGAAGCGGCCGAACAGGAGUACCUGCAGAUGCUGGAAAAGGAACGAAAGUCACGCCACCCGGAGGAGUAUGAAGAAGAAUACGAUCCGAAGAAAGUGCGCAAACCGUACAAACCGGAAAAUUACGAGUCCGAUGGUGAAAAUGAGUAAAAAGAGGAAAAUACUGGAGAUGACACUUGAGGCCCACUUCUUGAAGCAUCAUACAAAUCAUAUUUAUUGCAGAAGGCCAAACCGAAGCUGCUACUGUUAUUCACGGUGUUUAACGCUCUGCAAUUCUAAUCUUUAACAAUCUUGUACCACAGUGUUUGCCUUUUUUACUGUAUCAGGCACAACAGUCGACAAAUCCUAAGUAAUCGAUACUAUCAACGUAUUGACCGGCAGACGCAUAUGGUUUAAGUGUAGGUCUUGCCUGGGUCUUAAUGUAAUCGCGUGUUUAGAUGUUUACUUAGAUUUCCACAAAACCCGAGAACGUCGUCUCUACGUUUAUUCAUUGCUUUCCAGCAUUCCUUUAUUUCCUACAAAAUGUUCAAUA